GCUACGUCCGACCUUGCUCUUGCCUAAUCCCUUGUACUGCGCCUAUCUCAGCAGUUAGAGAGGUUGAGCCGUUGCCGGUGGAUACGACCUGGUUGCUACCGCCGCUGCAAGACCAUCCCGCUUUGCGGCGGGCUCUGGUGAAUACCAGUAGCAACUUAGAACUGGUCCGCCGGCACGGUCCACGCCAAUCCCUCUCUGACACAGAGGAUCCACCUCCAGCCUGUCGAAUCCUGACACAUGCACAACACAUUAUAGCCAUUUGUACAUACAAUACACUUGUUACAUCAGAAAUAAAUGAAGGAGAAUACAAAGUGUUAAGCAAUAAACAAAUCUUACAUCAGCAGGUUACCUUGAGAUAAACCUGACCACCUGCAGCUUCUCACUGUAUUGUAAGUGCAGGUCUUCAUUCUUAUAAAUACCCUGCACCUAGCAUACAGACAGUUCACUUUUACCAUGAAAAUUCUUCUGCUCCUUGCUGCCCUAGUGGCAGGUGUGCUUUGUGAAAGGACAUUUAUAGGAGAGCAGGUGCUUAGGAUAAAAGCAAGGAAUGGUGAACAAAUACGUCAAUUGCAAGAUCUGCAAUCACUGGCACACCUUCAGCUUGAUUUCUGGACUGAACCUGCUAACCCAGAAAUACCAGUUGAUGUUCGAGUUCCCUUUGAUAGUCUUCAGUCAGUGAAGAUCUAUCUGGAAUCCAACAACAUUGAUUACUCCAUAAUGAUUAAGGAUCUACAGGAGGUGAUUCAUGCAGAGAAGCAAGAGAUGGAAAUCAAUCAAAGGAAGGAACGCAACUCUGGUACUUUCAACUAUGGGGCAUACCAUACACUGAACAAUCUAUACAGCGCCAUUGAUGCUAUUGUGCUGGAUUACAAAUCCAUUGUCAGCAAACAGCAGAUUGGACUAUCAUAUGAAAAACGCCCUAUCAACGUUCUUAAGUUCAGCACUGGUGCCAAUCGUCCAGGCAUAUGGAUUGAUGCUGGCAUUCAUUCUCGUGAAUGGGUCACCCAAGCUACUGCUCUCUGGACUGCACACAAGCUUGCUUCCGACUAUGGAAAGGAUUCAUCUAUAACCUCUCUGUUGAACCGUUAUGAUGUAUUUCUUUUGGUUGUCACCAACCCUGAUGGAUAUGUCUAUUCCCACUCAAACGACCGUAUGUGGCGGAAAACCCGUUCCAUUAACAGUGGUAGCCGAUGUGUUGGUGCAGACCCAAACAGAAACUGGAAUGCCGGCUUUGGGGGUCCAGGAGCCAGUUCAGAUCCCUGCUCUGAUUCUUACUAUGGUCCAAGAGCAGAAUCUGAGGUGGAAGUAAAGGCAGUUGCUGACUUUAUUAGGGGACAUGGCAAAAUCAAAGGGUUCAUAAGCAUCCACAGCUACUCCCAGUAUCUGCUCUUCCCUUAUGGAUAUAAGUGUACCAACCCUCCUCACUUUACCGAACUUAACAAUGUUGGCAAAGCUGCUGCUACUGCACUGAGCUCCUUGUAUGGCACCCAGUAUAGAGUUGGAACAAUCUGCUCCACUAUUUAUCAAGCUAGUGGUGGAAGUAUUGACUGGACCUACGACAUUGGAAUCAAAUAUUCAUUUGCCUUUGAGCUUAGAGACACAGGACGUUACGGUUUUCUGCUUCCAUCCACUCAGAUUCUGCCAACAGCACAGGAGACCUGGUUGGGGCUGAAAAAGCUUCUGGAACACAUAAGGGAUAACCCUUAUUAAACAUGAUCUAAUGCAAAACCUGAA